AGUGAUGUCACCCGGAGAGCCAGCCGUUGGUGGAUCACGUGCUCUCGUUCACGGUCGCAGACGGCAGGAUCUGGCUCAGGAGCUAUCAGAUCAUGGAAGAAGACGCAUCUCUGGUGGAGAUCGGCCCUCGUUUCGUCUUGAAUCUCAUCAGAAUAUUCCAGGGCAGCUUCGGCGGACCCACACUCGCCGGCGGAUGAUCAGACAGAACGAGAAGCGCAGAGAGCAGCAGGAGGUGUUCUGGACUCCAGCCGAGGCCACAGACACACAGAAGCAGCUCAGACUCACACAGAUGAAGCGCAAAGGCCUGCCAUAACCUGUGGUGUUCACUCAUAAAACGUCCCUGUCACCACAGGUCUGCAUCGAUAUUAUAAUGAGAUCUGAUCCCAGAUCAGAGGUUCUGCUUCCUGAACAAAGUGUUUCUGUUGUUGUUCAGGUCGAGGAGCAGCUCGGCUGUUGUGUUUCUGCUUCUUUUGUAAUGCAGUGCAAUUUUAAUAAACUUUUUAUUAAUGUUCAAA